AUGAUUGCGCAACACAUGAUGGGCUUUGCCUGGGGAGUAUGUUUGCUGUUUUCGGGAUGGAUGACAUACAGUGAAGCCAGUGUGCCCGAGAACCUAGACAAGAGCAUCGAAGAGCUCAAAGCUUACUAUAUUAAAGAAGAUUCUCAGCUACAUAAUGCACACCCCAUCUUCCUGCGAAUCCUGAAAGAUUUAAAGGUGAAUCUUGAGGAAAGUGAGCAGAAUCUACUGAUGAGCAUUGUAAUGGACACAUACAGUAGGAUAUUCACUCGCAUGCAGAAUGACAGCGUGGAUGAAGCUACAAAGGAGAGGCUGGCACAUGUUCAAGAGCAUUUGAAAAAGCUGCAAGAAAGCUACUUUCCAGGCAAGAGUGCAGAGCUCAGGACGUAUGCAGAAACGCUAUGGGCGAUCAAGGAAAACGACCCGAUCGUCCAGCGAAAGGCUUUGUUUGAGCUGAAGCGUGUCUAUAGAGAAGCAACACUCCUGAAAAACUUAAAGAAUAAAGAACGCAAGAGACGGCAGGCUAAAGCAUCAAGAAGCAAAAGUCUAAAUAGAGGUUGAUCAGUGCCUAAA